UGCUGCGGACCUUCAGCUACGGACCGCGGUGCCGACAUUGGCGUCGCUGGUAGGAGACCCCAAUAGUGCGGUGCGCGACGCCGCCAUGCAACUGCUGGUCGAUGUCUACAGACACGUUGGUGAAAAACUACGUUAUGAUUUAAAGAAGAAGGAACUGGUGCCAGCGCAGAAGAUGGCUCUGCUAGAACAGAAGUUUGACGAAGCGAAAGAAGCCGGACUACUUUUGCCCACAGCAGUAGACGAGACAGACUUCGUGUCUCGCACCGUGAAGCGCACUAUGACCAUACCGACCUCCGCAAGACGCGAGGACUGCUCGCCUGCUUCCACACCCGGUAUGUAACAAUGAACGUA